CGGCGAAAGCAGCUCAUUGUCUCGUACAUACCCGAUUAUGUGGUACUUGUAAUCAUGGCAAUUCUGUGGGGCGUGCUGUCCAAGAUAGCGCCAUUCCACCGCGAGUUCUCGCUGACGAACAAAACAAUCCAGUACCCGAUGAAGCCCGACUCGGUGCCGUUCUAUGCAGCGGUGGUGCUGAGCUUUGUGGUGCCGCUGGUGGUGAUCCUGGUAUGGACGGGGCUGCUGCGGCGGUCGUUCCACGACAUGAACUCGGGCGUGCUGGGGCUGUGCCUGGCGCUGGUGCUGAACAUGAUGAUCACCAAUACGGUGAAGAACCUGGCGGGGCGGCACCGGCCGGACUUUAUCGACCGGUGCGAUAUCGACAAGAACGCAGCACCGAGGCUGGAGCCGUUUAUUGGGCUGCUGAAUUCAACGGUGUGCCGGCAGACGGACCAGAGCAUCCUGUACGACGGAAUGCGGAGCUUCCCGUCGGGCCACUCGUCGUUCUCGUUUGCUGGCCUGACGUACCUGGCGCUGUGGCUGGCCGGCCACCUCAACGUGGGCGACGGGCGCGGGCGGACAUACAAGGCGUUUGUGGUGUUUGUGCCGGAGCUGGCAGCGAUGCUGGUUGCGGUGUCGCGCACCAAGGACUACCGCCACCACUGGCAGGAUGUGCUGGCGGGCUCCAUCCUGGGCGUGGUGAUGGCGUGGAUCAGCUACCGCCACUACUACCCGUCGAUCAUGUCGACCAGGAUGGACCCCAGUAUGCCGUACCCGCCGCGUAUCCCCGACGAC